CAUCAGUUAUCCAAUGUUGUUUGGUAUUUAUAUAUGUCAUUGGAAAAGAUAAAAAACUUCUGAGUUCUGAUGCAAGAUAUCAAGAGGUUGGAAAUUUUCAAAUCCAGCAACCAACACAAUUGGGAUCGCUCCAAUCUCCAGCGCAACAGCAAACGCAAUCAAGUGCACAAAGCUUAACACAAACACCACUUACACCAAAAGUUCUACCACAAGCUAUGCCACAACUCACUGCAUUCAUGCAAACUGUACUUCAAUCUGUUAAUCCAAUACAAAUAUUGGCCAUCCAAGAACAUUUGCGCCAUUCUCAGUCUAGAUCAGUGUU